AGCGCAUACAGAGAAUGCAUAGAUAAUGGAACGUGGGCUCUGAAGAGCAACUACUCCAGUUGUGAACCCAUUUUGGAGGAGAAGGUUGGUAGGACUUGUUUAUGCUGAUCAAACCCUAUACCCUCCCCUUUAUUUUGCUUGUUGCAAGUAACCUGCUAGAGAAAAGGUUAACAACCAGAACCACAUACUCAGAUCAAACUGUUAGUCGAUGAGGUAUGAUAUGUAGGGUAAUCCUGUAGCUCAGUUGGUAGAGCAUGGCGCUUGCAACGCAAGGGUUGUGGGUUUGAUUCCCACGGGGUGCCAGUAUGAAAAAUGUGGAUAAGAGCGUCUGCUAAAAAUUACUAAAAUAUAAAAUGUAAUGUGAAGUAACUUGCCCCCUGGUAUAACUGCCCCACUCCCCCCCACAAUUUUUUUUUUAUCUGUCUCAUCUACAUUUUUUAAGUCACUCUAACAAAACAAUUCUGAGGUAAGUUGAUCUUAUAUUUCAUGAUUUAGAAAAAGUUGUAUAUAUAUAUAGGGUUUUUCUUUAUUUGUACUAUUUUCUACAUUGUAGAAUAAUAGUGAAGACAUCAAAACUAUGAAAUAACACAUAUGGAAUCAAGUAGUAACCAAACAAGUGUUAAACAAAUCAAAAUAUAUUUUAUAUUUCAGAUUCUUCAAAGUAGCCACCCUUUGCCUUGAUGACAGCUUUGCACACUCUUGGAAUUCUCUCAACCAGCUUCAUGAGGUAGUCACCUGGAAUGCAUUUCAAUUAACAGGUGUGCCUUGUUAAAAGUUAAUUUGUGGAAUAUCUUUCCUUCUUAAUGUGUUUGAGCCAAUAAGUUUUGUUGUGACAAUGUAGGCAUGGUAUACAGAAGAUAGCCCUAUUUGGUAAAAGACCAAGUCCAUAUUAUGGCAAGAACAGCUCAAAUAAGCAAAGAGAAAUGACAGUCCAUCAUUAUUUUAAGACAUGAAGGUCAGUCAAUCCGGAACAUUUCAAGAACUUUGAAAGUUUCUUCAAGUGCAGUCGCAAAAACCAUCAAGUGCUAUGAUGAAACUCGCUCUCAUGAGGACCACCACAGGAAAGGAAGACCCAGAGUUACCUCUGCUGCAGAGGAUGUUCAUUAGAGUUAACUGCACCUCAGAUUGCAACCCAAAUAAAUGCUUCACAGAGUUCAAGUAACAGACACAGCUCAACAUCAACUGUUCAGAAUAGACUGCAUGAAUCAGGCCUUCAUGGUUGAAUUGUUGCAAAGAAACCACUACUAAAGGACACCAAUAAGAAGAAGAGACUUGCUUGGGCCAAGAAACACGAGCAAUGGACAUUAGACCGGUGGAAAUCUGUCCUUUGGUCUGAUGAGUUCAAAUUUGAGAUUUUUGGUUCCAACCGUCGUGUCUUUGUGAGACGCAGAGUAGGUAAAAGGAUGUUCUUCGCAUGUAUGGCUCCCACCGUGAAGCAUGGAGGAGGAGGUGUGAUGGUGCUUUGCUGGUGACACUGUCAGUGAUUUAUUUAGAAUUCAAGGCACACAACCAGCAUGGCUACCACAGCAUUCUGCAGCGAUACGCCAUCCCAUCUGGUUUGCACUUUGUGGGACUAUCAUUUGUUUUUCAACAGGAUAAUGACCCAAAACACACCUCCAAGCUGUGUAAUGGCUAUUUAACCAAGAAGGAGAGUUAUAGAGCACUGCAUCAGAUGACCUGGCCUCCACAAUCACCCGACCUCAACCCAAUUGAGAUGGUUUGGGAUGUGUUGGACCGCAGAGUGAAGGAAAGUGCUCAGCAUAUGUGGGAACUCCUUCAAGACUGUUGGAAAAGCAUUCCUCAUAAAGCUGGUUAAGAAAAUGCCAAGAGUGUGCAAAGCUGUCAUCAAGGCAAAGGGGUGGCUACUUUGAAGAAUCUAAAAUCAAAAAUAUAUUUUGAUUUGUUUAACACUUUUUUGGUUACUUCAUGAUUCCAUAUGUGUUAUUUCAUAGUUUUGAUGUCUUCACUAUUAUUCUACAAUGUAGUAAAUAGUCAGAAUAAAGAAAAACCUUUGAAUGAGUAGGUGUGUCAAAACAUUUGACUUGUUCUGUAUAUAUAAUCUAGUUAUGUUACAUCUAUAAACUUUUUUAUAUACUGUAUAUAUACAGUGGGGGAAAAAAGUAUUUAGUCAGCCACCAAUUGUGCAAGUUCUCCCACUUAAAAAGAUGAGAGAGGCCUGUAAUUUUCAUCAUAGGUACACGUCAACUAUGACAGACAAAAUGAGGGGAAAAAAUCCAGAAAAUCACAUUGUAGGAUUUUUUAUGAAUUUAUUUGCAAAUUAUGGUGGAAAAUAAGUAUUUGGUCACCUACAAACAAGCAAGAUUUCUGGCUCUCACAGACCUGUAACUUCUUCUUUAAGAGGCUCCUCUGUCCUCCACUCGUUACCUGUAUUAAUGGCACCUGUUUGAACUUGUUAUCAGUAUAAAAGACACAUUGUCCACAACCUCAAACAGUCACACUCCAAACUCCACUAUGGCCAAGACCAAAGAGCUGUCAAAGGACACCAGAAACAAAAUUGUAGACCUGUACCAGGCUGGGAAGACUGAAUCUGCAAUAGGUAAGCAGCUUGGUUUGAAGAAAUCACUGUGGGAGCAAUUAUUAGGAAAUGGAAGACAUACAAGACCACUGAUAAUCUCCCUCGAUCUGGGGCUCCACGCAAGAUCUCACCCUGUGGGGUCAAAAUGAUCACAAGAACGGUGAGCAAAAAUCCCAGAACCACAAAGGGGGACCUAGUGAAUGACCUGCAGAGAGCUGGGACCAAAGUAACAAAGUCUACCAUCAGUAACACACUACGCCGCCAGGGACUCAAAUCCUGCAGUGCAAGACGUGUCCCCCUGCUUAAGCCAGUACAUGUCCAGGCCCAUCUGAAGUUUGCUAGAGUGCAUUUGGAUGAUCCAGAAGAGGAUUGGGAGAAUGUCAUAUGGUCAGAUGGUCAGACUCAACUCGUCGUGUUUGGAGGACAAAGAAUGCUGAGUUGCAUCCAAAGAACACCAUACCUACUGUGAAGCAUGGGGGUGGAAACAUCAUGCUUUGGGGCUGUUUUUCUGCAAAGGGACCAGGACGACUGAUCCGUGUAAAGGAAAGAAUGAAUGGGGCCAUGUAUCGUGAGAUUUUGAGUGAAAACCUCCUUCCAUCAGCAAGGGCAUUGAAGAUGAAACGUGGCUGGGUCUUUCAGCAUGACAAUGAUCCAAAACACACUGCCCGGGCAACAAAGGAGUGGCUUCGUAAGAAGCAUUUCAAGGUCCUGGAGUGGCCUAGCCAGUCUCAAGAUCUCAACCCCAUAGAAAAUCUUUGGAGGGAGUUGAAAGUCCGUGUUGCCCAGCGACAGCCCCAAAACAUCACUGCUCUAGAGGAGAUCUGCAUGGAGGAAUGGGCCAAAAUACUAGCAACAGUGUUUGAAAACCUUGUGAAGACUUACAGAAAACGUUUGACCUGUGUCAUUGCCAACAAAGGGUAUAUAACAAAGUAUUGAGAAACUUUUGUUAUUGACCAAAUACUUAUUUUCCACCAUAAUUAGAAAAUAAAUUCAUUAAAAAUCCUACAAUGUGAUUUUCUGGAUUUUCUUUUCUCAUUUUGUCUGUCAUAGUUGACGUGUACCUAUGAUGAAAAUUACAGGCCUCUCUCAUCUUUUUAAGUGGGAGAACUUGCACAAUUGGUGGCUGACUAAAUACUUUUUUUCCCCACUGUACCAUUAGGGGAGCAUAAAGAUAAAUAAUCCACUUGUUUAGAGAAAAAAAAUGUAAUCAGUUUUUAAUAAAGCAGUCAAAUUUAAGGUGAGUGUGUAGGGGGAAACUAGCCCUAGAAUAGCCCCCCAUCCAAUUGGGCAAUGACAUUAGUAGCUACUCUCUUUUUAUGUUUCAAAAGCAGCUACUUGAAAUAUUAGCUCAAUAUACAAAGCUCUGAUUUAGGAAGAUCAGUCAAAAAAAUGGAAACAAAUAAAAUCCUAGCUUUUUGGAAUGUUUGUUCAUUCUUACUAAUCCAGUCAGCUAAGGUACAGUGGGGAAAAAAUGUAUUUAGUCAGCCACCAAUUGUGCAAGUUCUCCCACUUAAAAAGAUGAGAGAGGCCUGUAAUUUUCAUCAUAGGUACACGUCAACUAUGACAGACAAAAUGAGAAAAAAAAAAUCCAGAAAAUCACAUUGUAGGAUUUGUAAUGCAUUUAUUUGCAAAUUAUGGUGGAAAAUAAGUAUUUGGUCAAUAACAAAAGUUUCUCAAUACUUUGUUAUAUACCCUUUGUUGAAAAACAGCCCCAAAGCAUGAUGUUUCCACCCCCAUGCUUCACAGUAGGUAUGGUGUUCUUUGGAUGCAACUCAGCAUUCUUUGUCCUCCAAACACGACGAGUUGAGUUUUUACCAAAAAGUUAUAUUUUGGUUUCAUCUGACCAUAUGACAUUCUCCCAAUCCUCUUCUGGAUCAUCCAAAUGCACUCUAGCAAACUUCAGACGGGCCUGGACAUGUACUGGCUUAAGCAGGGGGACACGUCUGGCACUGCAGGAUUUGAGUCCCUGGCGGCGUAGUGUGUUACUGAUGGUAGGCUUUGUUACUUUGGUCCCAGCUCUCUGCGGGUCAUGCACUAGGUCCCCCCGUGUGGUUCUGGGAUUUUUGCUCACCAUUCUUGUGAUCAUUUUGACCCCACAGGGUGAGAUCUUGCGUGGAGCCCCAGAUCGAGGGAGAUUAUCAGUGGUCUUGUAUGUCUUCCAUUUCCUAAUAACUGCUCCCACAGUUGAUUUCUUCAAACCAAGCCGCUUACCUAUUGCAGAUUCAGUCUUCCCAGCCUGGUGCAGGUCUACAAUUUUGUUUCUGGUGUCCUUUGACAGCUCUUGGCCAUAGUGGAGUUUGGAGUGUGACUGUUUGAGGUUGUGGACAGGUGUCUUUUAUACUGAUAACAAGUUCAAACAGGUGCCAUUAAUACAGGUAACGAGUGGAGGACAGAGGAGCCUCUUAAAGAAGAAGUUACAGGUCUGUGAGAGCCAGAAAUCUUGCUUGUUUGUAGGUGACCAAAUACUUAUUUUCCACCAUAAUUUGCAAAUAAAUUCAUUAAAAAUCCUACAAUGUGAUUUUCUGGAUUUUUUUCCCUCAAUUUGUCUGUCAUAGUUGACGUGUACCUAUGAUGAAAAUUACAGGCCUCUCUCAUCUUUUUAAGUGGGAGAACUUGCACAAUUGGUGGCUGACUAAAUACUUUUUUUCCCCACUGUAUGUCAUUUAUUUUCAGAACGUUCCACGUUUCCACACUUAGAUUUUUAUGUAUUAUUGCAAAUGCAUGUCUUUGUCAAUGUGUAUGUACAGGUAACUGCCAAAAUAAUGGAAACACAGGUAAAUGAGGUAUACAAAGUACAUUGAAAGCUGGUGCUUCCACACAGGUGUGGUUCCUAAAUUAAUUAUGCAAUUAACAUCCCAUCAUGCUUAGGGUCAUGUAUAAAAAUGCUGGGCAGGCCAUUACUUUGGCUACCAUGGCUAUGCCCCCAUAGGAUGACAAUGCCCCCAUCCACAGGGCACGAGUUGUCACUGAAUGGUUUGAUGAGCAUGAAAACGAUGUAAACCAUAUGCCAUGGCCAUCUCAUUCACCAGAACUCAACCCGGCGCCUGAGACAGCGUAUUUCACCACCAUCAACAAAACACUGAAUGAUGGAAUUUCUUGUGGAAGUAUGGUGUUGCAUCUCUCCAAUAUAGUUACAGACACUUGUAGAAUCUAUACCAAGGUGCAGUUGCCUGUAUAUCCCCUUAAUUUUGUAUUAAUCACUUUGUGUCUUUCGAGAUUUUGAAGUAGAUCUUGUGAUAUUCUCUCCACAGAGGAAAUACCCAAUGCACUAUAAGAUUGCUCUGAUCAUCAACUACCUAGGCCACUGUAUUUCUGUGGGAGCUCUUGUUGUGGCCUUCAUUCUCUUCUUAUGCUUAAGGCAAGUACAGAAAUAGUACCCUUCUAAAUGAAUCUGCAGUACAUGUGACCUCUUACAAAACAAUGAGUGACAUUUAUUUGAACUGCAGGAUUGCCCUCCAUUAACACAUUUAAUGUAAAAUGAAGAGAUCCCUCUCAGUUGAAAACACAUAUGUUAGGGAUAUAUCGCAAAAAAUUCACUAAACAUAUAUUUCAUCUAGAUUAUUGUCUUUGUAUAUGUUUUGAUGCUUGUUAAUCUAAAAAUACUAAAAUAUAUAACAUCAAUCAAGGAAAUUGUACCCAAUAAUAAAAUGUUGUCGCCUACUAUAGGAAUAUGAUUUUGAUUGGAAUAUUGUAACUUUAGGUAUGUAAAACAUUGUUUUCUUUAUUUCAAAUUUUCUUAAUAUUUCUAGGAGUAUAAGAUGCCUUCGAAACAUAAUCCACUGGAACUUGAUAACAACCUUCAUUUUGAGGAAUGUUAUGUGGUUCCUACUUCAGUUGAUUGACCACAAUAUACAUGAGAGCAAUGAGGUAACAUUCGUUACAUAUUAUUAUUUAUUUUAACAAUUCACGUGACUGUUAAGCUUUUCAUUGCACUAAUACCUAACGUAAGUUUGUUUUUAUAUCUUUCUACAGCCUUGGUGUCGCCUUAUAACAACGAUAUAUAACUAUUUUGUGGUGACCAAUUUUUUCUGGAUGUUUGUUGAAGGAUGCUACCUUCACACAGCCAUUGUGAUGACUUAUUCAACGGACAAGCUAAAAAAAUGGGUCUUCUUGUUCAUUGGCUGGUGUAAGUACAUGUCCGACUAUGACAAGUGACUGAUAUCAAUAAUACAACUCUAGAUAACAUCCGUACAUACAGCAGAAUUGAAACCCGCCUAAAUAUGAAACAUGAAAUUCUAACAGUUUCUUUCACUAUUUUGUCAAUCUGUCAAUCAUAUUGUCACCUCUAUGAGCCAUUAUAACAGUCUGGUAAAAAAAAAGAAAAUGUUUAUAGAAAUAUGAAUGUCACUCUACUGUAGCUGUAAGAGGUAAACACAGGUUGAUUUGUGCAGAGGGGGUUGAAUCCCCACAUACUACACAAAACACACCAUUAAAUAAGACAACGGAAGAGCUACAGUGCAUUCGGAAAGUAUUCAGACUCCUUCCCUUUUUCCACAUUUUGUUAUGUUACAGUCUUAUUCUAAAAUGGAUGAAAUAAAUAAAAAUCCUCACCAAUCUACACACAAUACCUCAUAAUGACAAAGCGAAAACAGGUUUUUAGAAAUGUUUGCACAUUUAUUAAAAAUAAAAAACAGAAAUACCUUAUAAACAUAAGUAUUCAGACCCUUUGCUAUGAAACUCGAAAUUGAGCUCAGGUGCAUCCUGUUUCCAUUUAUCAUCCUUGAGAUGUUUCUACAACUUCAUUGGAGUCCACCUGUGGUAAAUUCAAUUGAUUGGACAUGAUUUGGAAAGGCACACACCUGUCUAUAUAAGGUCCCACAGUUGAAAAUGCAUGUCAGAGCAAAAACCAAGCCAUGAGGUCGAAGGAAUUGUCCGUAGAGCUCCGAGACACGAUUGUGUCGAGGCACAGAUCUGUGGAAGGGUACCAAAACAUUUCUGCAGAAUUGAAGGUCCCCAAGAACACAGUGGCCUCCAUCAUUCUUAGAUGGAAGACAUUUGAAACCACCAAGACUCUUCUUAGAGCUGGUCGCCCGGCCAAACUGAGCAAUCGGGGGAGAACGGCCUUGGUCAGGGAGGUGACCAAGAACCAGAUGGUCACUCUGACAGGGCUCCAGAGUUCCUCUGUGGGGAUGGGAGAACCUUCCAGAAGGACAACCAUCUCUGGCGCACUCCACCAAUCAGGCCUUUAUGGUAGAGUGGCCAGACGGAAGACACUCCUCAGUAAAAGGCACAUGACAGCCCGCUUGGAGCUUGCCAAAAGGCACCUAAAGGACUCUCAGACCAUGAGAAACAAGGUUCUCUGGUCUGAUGAAACCAAGAUUGAACUCUUUGGCCUGAAUGCCAAGUGUCAUGUGUGGAGGAAACCUGGCACCAUCCCUAUGGUGAAGCAUGGUGGCAGCAGCAUCAUGCUGUGGGGAUGUUUUUCAGCGACAGGGACUGGGAGACCUAUCAGGAUCGAGGGAAAGAUGAACGGAGCAAAGUACAGAGAGAUACUUGAUAAAAACCUGCUCCAGAGCGCUCAGGACCUCAGACUGGGGCGAAGUUUCACCUUCCAACAGGACAACGAGUCUCUGAAUGUCCUUAAGUGGCCCAGCCAGAGCCCAGACUUGAACCCAAUCGAACAUCUCUGGAGAGACCUGAAAAUAGCUGUGCAGCGACGCUCCCCAUCCAACCUGACAGCGCUUGAGAGGAUCUGCAGAGAAGAAUGGGAGAAACUCCCGAAAUACAAGUGUGCCAAGCUUGUAGAGUCAUACCCAAGAAGACUCGAGGCUGAGGUGCCAAAGGUGCUUCAACAAAGUACUGAGUAAAGGGUCUGAAUACAUAUUUAAAUGUGAUAUUGAAGUUUUUUAUUUUUUAAUAAAUUUGCCCAACAAAAUACAAACCUGUUUUUGCUUUGUCAUUAUUGGAUAUUGUGUGUAGAUUGAUGAGGAAUAUUUUUUUUGAAUACAUUUUAGAAUAAGGCUGUAACAUAACUAAAUGUGGAAAAAGUCAAGGGAUCUGAAUACUUUCCAAAUGUACUGUACAGUGGGGAAAAAAGUAUUUAGUCAGCCACCAAUUGUGCAAGUUCUCCCACUUAAAAAGAUGAGAGAGGCCUGUAUUUUUCAUCAUAGGUACACGUCAACUAUGACAGACAAAUUGAGAAAAAACAUUCCUGAAAAUUAAAUUGUAGGAUUUUUUAUGAAUUUAUUUGCAAAUUAUGGUGGAAAAUAAGUAUUUGGUCACCUACAAACAAGCAAGAUUUCUGGCUCUCACAAACCUGUAACUUCUUCUUUAAGAGGUUCCUCUGUCCUCCACUCGUUACAUGUAUUAAUGGCACCUGUUUGAACUUGUUAUCAGUAUAAAAGACACCUGUCCACAACCUCAAACAGUCACACUCCAAACUCCACUAUGGCCAAGACCAAAGAGCUGUCAAAGGACACCAGAAACAAAAUUGUAGACCUGCACCAGGCUGGGAAGACUGAAUCUGCAAUAGGUAAGCAGCUUGGUUUGAAGAAAUCAACUAUGGGAGCAAUUAUUAGGAAAUGGAAGACAUACAAGACCACUGAUAAUCUCCCUCGAUCUGGGGCUCCACGCAAGAUCUCACCCCGUGGGGUCAAAAUGAUAACAAGAACGGUGAGCAAAAAUCCCAGAACCACACGGGGGGACCUAGUGAAUGACCUGCAGAGAGCUGGGACCAAAGUAACAAAGCCUACCAUCAGUAACACACUACGCCGCCAAGGACUCAAAUCCUGCAGUGCGAGACGUGUCCCCCUGCUUAAGCCAGUACAUGUCCAGGCCCGUCUGAAGUUUGCUAGAGUGCAUUUGGAUGAUCCAGAAGAGGAUUGGGAGAAUGUCAUAUGGUCAGAUGAAACCAAAAUAUAACUUUUUGGUAAAAACUCAACUCGUCGUGUUUGGAGGACAAAGAAUACUGAGUUGCAUCCAAAGAACACCAUACCUACUGUGAAGCAUGGGGGUGGAAACAUCAUGCCUUGGGGCUGUUUUUCUGCAAAGGGACCAGUACGACUGAUCCGUGUAAAUGAAAGAAUGAAUGGGGCCAUGUAUCGUGAGAUUUUGAGUGAAAACCUCCUUCCAUCAGCAAGGGCAUUGAAGAUGAAACAUGGCUGGGUCUUUCAGCAUGACAAUGAUCCCAAACACACUGCCCGGGCAACGAAGGAGUGGCUUCGUAAGAAGCAUUUCAAGGUCCUGGAGUGGCCUAGCCAGUCUCCAGAUCUCAACCCCAUAGAAAAUCUUUGGAGGGAGUUGAAAGUCCGUGUUGCCCAGCGACAGCCCCAAAACAUCACUGCUCUAGAGGAGAUCUGCAUGGAGGAAUGGGCCAAAAUACCAGCAACAGUGUGUGAAAACCUUGUGAAGACUUACAGAAAACGUUUGACCUGUGUCAUUGCCAACAAAGGGUAUAUAACAAAGUAUUGAGAAACUUUUGUUAUUGACCAAAUACUUAUUUUCCACCAUAAUUUGCAAAUAAAUUCAUUAAAAAUCCUACAAUGUGACUUUCUGGAUUUUUUUUUCUCAUUUUGUCUGUUAUAGUUGACGUGUACCUAUGAUGAAAAUUACAGGCCUCUCUCAUCUUUUUAAGUGGGAGAACUUGCACAAUUGGUGGCUGACUAAAUACUUUAUUUCCCCACUGUAUAUGAAAAUCCACAAUAUUUAUUGUCACAUUUGCUGUUGAUUUUGUUUAUGACAAUCAGACCACUUAUCCAAUAUUUUAUUAAGAUAAACUAAUAGUUUGAUGUGUAAAAUUAGCAGUGCAAUAGAGGUAACAGUGAUUAUGAUUAUCAUACAAAUCUGGACGUUUUUCUGCUUUGUGUCGCUCACUUCACCCUCAUGCCUCACAGCUUGAAUGUUUAAUCUCUGAAAAUAAACACAAACAAAAGCAAAGCAAGCAUGCCAUGGAUAGUUAAUCUUGAUUGUUUUUUAGUACACCUGCCAUUUGAUAACUCAGGGGGUUUCUGCAAGUUGUUGAUUUAUGGAGUGAUCUACACUAGUUUGUGUAGUGUUUUUAUUCAUUCACUCCACAUCACAAAGCAGGAAUGCUACAGUACAUGCUUGAGUGGACAAACUUAGACAAUGUAGCUAAAUAUUAGUUAAAAAAAACUCCAUUCCCCACAAAGCAUCUUGUGAGAUUAACAGAAGUGUCUAAUUUCAAGAAAAUAGAAAAUGCUAUUGGAGUGUGGGGAAGUCCGAGGUGGUUGAUGGGACAGGCAGCAGAUGCAGUCAUCGCCACAUAAAUGAUCCACGCUUACCUAGAGCUGAAGUGAAAAAAAUAUAUAUACUAAAAUGUAUGCACUCACUGACUGUAAGUCGCUCUGGAUAAGAGCGUCUGCUAAAUUACUAAAAUGUAAAAUGUAAGUGUUGGUGAAAAAACAUUGCAUGUUAGAAACCGACUCACACCCUGGAGAGGCUCCUGCUCAGCUCAGCUCACUGCUGAGUCAUUUUGCCGUUUUCUUUAUAUAACAUGUAAUGUAGGACUAUGUAUGCACUGGCAUAAAACAUAGAUCUGGAUGGGUCUGUAUAUAGGUCACAUUUAUGUGAGUCAUACCAAAGAGACCUUCGAACAUAUUGUACGCUAGGGUAUAGGAUAUAGUGCAGUAUAGUAACACACCCAGUAUAGUUAUUAGAAAUCUCAUCUUGGCCUCAAAAUGGAAUUAACCAAAGGUUUUUCACUCACACUUGUUAACUCAGGUGUGUAUUGGAGGUGAUGUGGAAUUGUUACAUUCCAUUGGUUUCACAAGUGGGAGGUACAUGGAUUUCAGAAGUGGGAUGUAUUGGUGUCAGCAGUGGGAUGACAGACGCAAUUGAUUUUAUACAUUCAAGAAGAUGUCUUUAUUGUGUAUAACCUUGUGUAUAACCUUGCACAGUAGGCUCAUUUGUUAUCUACACUGAGUGUACAAAAUAUUAAGAACACCUUCCAAAUAUUGAGUUUGCCCUCAGAAUAGCCUCAAUUCGUCGGGGCAUGGACUACAAGUUGUCGAAAGUGUUCCACAGGAAUGCUGGCCCAUGUUGAUUCCAAUACUUCCCACAAGUUGUGUCAAGUUGGCUGGAUGUUGUUUGGGUGGUGGACCAUUCUUGAUACACACAGGAAACUGUUGAGCAUGAAAACCCAGCAGCGUUGCAGUUCUUGAAACAAACCGGUGUGCCUGGCACCUACAACCAUAAAGCACUUAAAGCUUUUGUCUUGCCGAUUCACCCUCUGAAUGGCACACAUACACAAUCCAUGUCUCAAUUGUCUCAAUGCUUCAAAAUCCUUCUUUAACCUGUCUCCUCCCCUUCAUCUACACUGAUUGAAGUGGAUUUAAUUAGUGACAUCAAUAAUGGGUCAUAGCUUUCACCUGGAUUCACCUGGUCAGUCUAUGUCAUGGAAAGAGUAGGUGUUCUUAAUGUUUGUACACUCAGUGUAUAUCUGUUCCAAAUGAAUAUUGUAACCUGACGUUUUGGUUUUAGGGAUGUCUUUGAAUACACUCUUUGGUAAUUUACUCAGUCCAUCACAGUUCCACUGAUGAUCAAGUGGUUUUCAAAAGCAGGUCUCAGCUUUGAAGAUGAAUCCUAUUUACAACAUUGAAGUAUGAUCUCUCAUUUCAGACAUUACAGUGACAAGACUUGGUUCUUACUCUCGAGCAUCAUAAUUUCUAAUAAGUAUGUCUGGCAUGUGGGUAACCUUAACAUAGACUUUCUUCUCUUUUUGUCGAUUAUAACAAUUAUGCGUUGUCUAGGUCAGUUACUGCAAAGAUCGACUUGUCAUGCUUUUCAUGUAGUCUUUUCACAUCAUGUUAUUUUUUUUGUUCUUAUUGAUUACUGUCAUCUUCUUAAUAAUCAGUAAAUCAAGUAAACAAAAAGCUUUUUUUUUUUUUUCCCUUCACAGAGAGGAAUUGCUUUGGUGGAUUUUGUUACUUCCUUUGUACUAACAAAUAUGAUAAAACUUUGAUAUCUGUAGUCAUGGUGGUUAGUUUAAGUUAAAUACUAAUUGGGUCAUAAUAACGCAUAAUAACAUUUUUAAACACAUUGAUUUAGUAGAUCCACUCCAACCAGUUAUAAAAGUUAUCAAUGUCAUCAGUGCCCAGCUUCUUCAGAUCCUUAGCGGUCACUUAUUAAGAAAUGUAGCAAGUGGAACAGAUUUCACUUUAUCUGUCCAACACUGGGGACCAACAAGAUAAGAAGUCCUUAAGCCAGAUCAAAGUAGAACUGGAAGAAUCCAACUGGCCUCAACAGAUCCCUUUAUUUCAUCUCUGUAAUAGCUUCUAAACACCGCAGCCUGAUUCUAAUUAGCCACAUUUACACUGCACUUAGCCCAGGGCUAACAGCCUCUUUAUCCCUGGGCUAAGAUUCUUUGCUCCGGAGCAGGGUUGGCACUGACUUUCACAAUAUUGGUAAAUAUGUAAAUUCAUUUAUUUCUUUCUUUCAGGCAUUCCAUGUCCUAUUAUUGUUGCUUGGGCCAUUGGGAAGCUUUAUAAUGAAAAUGAACAGUAAGUGCACAGUUUCAAUUUAAACAACAACAAUGGAAUCUCAAGCAUUUUAUAAUUAGUUGUUUGUGUUUUUGUAUUUUGUUGUAUCUGACUAACAAUUCUAGUCGCGAGGCCGACGAAGAUGGCGGCCUCGCUACUAGCUCUUAGGAAACUUUGCAGUAUUUUUUUUAUUUAUUUAUUGUUUUUUACAUUAUUCGCUCAGAAAGUUUUUUUCCUCAUUACAUACAGCCGGGAAAAGCUAUUGGAUAUCAGAGCGGCGGUAACUCACCAGCAUUACGACCAGGAAUACAACUUUCCUGAAGCAGAUCCUUUGUUUGCUCUCCCCAGGGCAACUGAACUGAUUCCAGCGGCUGACCUCAAAGAACUUCACUGAACCUUAUGCAAACUGGAAACCACAUGUCCUGAGGCUGCAUUUAUUGUAGCCGGGGAUUUUAACAAAGCAAAUUUGAGGCUUAGGCUGCCGAAGUUCUAUCAACAUAUCGACUGUUGUACUCGCUCGCCAAAAUCCUCGACCAUUGCUAUUCGAACUUCCAGGAUGGUUAUAAGGCCCUCCCCACCCUCCUUUCGGCAAAUCUGACCACGACUCCAUUUUGCUUCUCCCUUCCUGUAGGCAGAAACUCAAACAGGAAGUAUCCGUGCUAAGGACGAUUCAACGCUGGUCUGACCAAUCGGAAUCCACGCUUCAAGAUUGUUUUGAUCAAGCGGACUGGGAUAUGUUCCGGGUAGCUUCCGAAAAUAAUUUUGACGAAUACACUGAAACGGUGACUGAGUUUAUCAGGAAGUGUAUAGGUGAUGUUGUGCCCACUGUGACUAUUAAAACCUACCCUAACCAGAAACUGUGGAUAGAUGGCAGCAUUCGCGCAAAUCUGAAAAGCGUGAACCACCGCAUUCAACCAUGGCAAGGUGACUGGGAAUAUGGCAGAAUACAAACAGUGUAGCUUCUCACUCCGCAAGGCAAUUAAACUGGCAAAACAUCAGUAUAGAGUAAGAAUGCUGUUCAUUGACUAUAGCUCAGCAUUCAACACCAUAGUACCCUCCAAGCUCAUCAUUAAGCUCGAGGCCCUGGGUCUGAACCCCACCCUGUGCAACUGGGUCCUGGACUUCCUGAAGGGCCGCCCACAGGUGGUGAAGGUAGGAAACAACAUCUCCACUUCGCUGAUCCUCAACACUGGGGCCCCACAAGGGUGCGUGCUCAGCCCCCUCCUGUACUCCCUGUUCACCCAUGACUGCGUGGCCAAGCACGCCUCCAACUAAAUCAUCAAGUUUGCAGACGACACAUCAGUAGUAGGCUUGAUUACCAACAAUGACGAGACCGCAUACAGGGAGGAGGUGAGGGCUCUGGGAGUGUGGUGCCGGGAAAAUAACCUCUCACCCAACAUCAACAAAACAAAGGUGAUGAUCUUCAAGAAACAGCAGAGGGUGCACCCCCCUAUCCACAUCGACAGGACCGCAGUGGAGAAGGUGGAAAGCUUCAAGUUCCUUGGCGUACACAUCACCGACAAACUGAAAUGGUCCACCCACACAGACAGUGUGGUGAAAAAGGCGCAACAGAGCCUCUUCAACCUCAGGAGGCUGAAGAAAUUCGGCUUAGCACCUAAAACCCUCACAAACUUUUACAGAUGCACAAUUGAGAGCAUCCUGUCGGGCUGUAUCACCGCCUGGUACGGCAACCGCACCGCCCGCAACCGCAGAGCUCUCCGGAGGGUGAUGCGGUCUGCCGAACGCAUUACCAGGGGCAAACUACCCACCUUCCAAGACACAUACAGUACACGAUGUCACAGGAAGGCCAAAAAGAUCAUCAAGGACAUCAACCACCCGAGCCACUGCCUGUUCACCCCGCUAUCAUCCAGAAGGCGAGGUCAGUACAGGUGCAUCAAAGCUGGGACCGAGAGAAUGAAGAACAGCUUCUAUCUCAAGGCCAUCAGACUGUUAAAUAGCCAUCACUAGCACAUUAGAGGCUGCUGCUGCCUAAUGAAAUCACUGGCCACUUUAAGAAAUGGAACACUAGUCACCUUAAUGAUGUUUACAUAUCUUGCACUACUCAUCUUAUAUGUAUAUACUGCAUUCUAUUCUAUAAUAUUCUACUGUAUCUUAGUCCAUGCCGCUCUGUCAUUGCCUGUCCAUAUAUGUAUAUAUUCUUAAAUCCCAUUCCUUACUAGUUUUGUGUGUAUUGGGUAUAUGUUGUGGAAUUGUUAGAUAUUACUUGUUAGAUAUUACUGCACUGUCGGAGCUAGAAGCACAAGCAUUUCGCUACUCCCGCUAUAACAUCUGCUAAACACGUGUAUGUGACAAAUACAAUUUGAUUUGAUUUGAUUUGAAAGGCUGAGGGUUGGUUGAAGGUGAAGGGUAAUGACCUUUGAUGGAGUGCAAAGAAACCUAUACAGAUGUAGGAUCUUAAUUUGAGCCAGUUUGCUACAGCAGAAAUAUAAUCCUUUAGCAACAAGAAAUGUGAAUUAUUAUGUGGAUUAUAAUUAAUGGACAUUUCUGUAGGGGUUGAUACAAUUUCCAUAAGGGAAAAUCAAGUCUGAAAUGUCAAAGUGGAAAUGAAAACUACACGUUUUAAAACUACACGUUUUACAUUUCCUGUAUUUCCUGAUUAAGAUCCUACAUCUGUACAUGUAUGCCACAGUAUGAAAAUGUAUGCACUCACUAACUGUAAGUCGCUCUGGAUAAGCGCGUCUGAUAAAUGACUAAAAUUGAAAAUAGAAAAUUUGUUAGUCACAGAUAAACCUUGAAAGAUGUCUUAUACCCUUUGUAGUACAGAGUAGUACUUGAAUCCGUUUAGUAUUGUGGAAACACUACCAAUACUGAUUCAAGGUGAAUCAGCAAUUUACUCUAUUGUAGGUGUCAAAGGGGCAUUCAUUGUAACAUUUACAAGAGGAUAAUUUAUGUUAUCUAAAGAGGUUAUGAAAAGUCAAUCGAUGGCUCAGUGUAUUUGAAAAUUGAAUUUCUGUCCUUUUUAAUAGAAUAAAGUCAAACUUCAGUUCAAUAGUUAGAGGUCCUGUUUUAUAAGUUUUGACUGUGCUGUUUAUGAUGCUAUUAUCAAGGCACUUCUUGGCUAACCGAAAGAGUGCAUUUAAUAUCCAAUUUAUAAAUUAAACUUCAAUUGUAGCAAUGAUAGCAAUUGAUAAUGCUCCAAAAUUGUUUUGCUAAUAAUGGAAUAUAGUUUGAUAAAAAUGAUGUUACGUUUAAUAUGCUACACUUCAAAAACCCUUUAUUUGAACGUUUGUCAACAGAUGCUGGUUUGGUAAAGAACCUGGAAAGUAUAUUGACUACAUUUAUCAAGGGCCGGUCAUCCUUGUCCUUUUGGUAGGUAACAAUACCAUUGUCUCUCACUGUUUUCUUUCUUAAACUGCCCUAAUGCAACCGCAACACAUUUCAGUUCCUUUAAUUAUUUGUUCAUUAUUUAAACAUCCUGUUCUACAUAAUGAACUCUUAAUUAAUGUUUUCCAUCUGUAUUCUCUGCUAGAUAAACUUCGUUUUCCUCUUCAACAUAGUAAGAAUCCUUAUGACCAAGUUGAGAGCUUCUACCACAUCAGAAACUAUACAGUACAGGUGAGUCACUACUCCUGUGGGGUUGUUAUUUGGAAUAUCGCAUGCCAUAUUAAGAUUACUUGACCUCCAUUUAAUAUUCAUGCUAAAAUAAUAAGAUAAUAUUCUGCAUUUUGCCUCCAUUGCUUCCCCCAGUGUUUUUAAGCGAGAAAGUAGAAGCGUUCGUUAGUUAACGUUGAACAAUUGAGCUUUAAUCUAGCAGAUUUUUGCCCUUAUUAGAGUAAAUUAUUUAAACCCCUCAUUUAGACCUCAGAAGGAAUCCAGCCUAAUGUCAAAGGAGGAUUCUUAAAUACAUUUUGACUGUACCAAAAUGUUGCAAAUAUCAAGAGUCAUCCAGAAGUGACAUUUUGCUAAAAGGAACAAUCUUUUCCAAUAAUUUCAGCAGACAGGCUAUGUGAAUGAAUAGGAGAGAGGCACAGGUCUUUCCAAGAACGUUAUCACCACAGAACACCCGUAUCUGGUUUUCUAACAUUUUGUUAUUCCCUCUGAUGCUGGUGCACUGAAGACAGUCUGGGGAAGAAAAAAAACACCUGGCCUAAACCAGUGCCUUACAGGAUUCACCAAAGGUGAACGUCCGCUCACUAUUUGAUUGCUCCAUACGCAAUAAAGCUUUUAAUAAACUUUCAAUAAAGGUGACAAAAUAUAAUUUCAAACAACAUGGUCUUUGUCCUAACAUGGUCUUCGUCCUUAGUCGGAUAUAUUGUAUUGUGAUGUGAGACUGCCAACCCACAGUUAUUGCAGUUAUUACAACCUCCCCUCCACAUUCACAGUUUAUGGAGCAAUUAAUGAGGCAUUUGUUUAACAAAUUCCUCCUACUCAACGAAGUGAUAAUAAGGUCAGCUGCUUUAUCAGGGAUUAAUCACUUCAAUCUGUACUCAACUUGCACGCACCAUUUCAUAACAUUCCUAUAAAGAUAUGACCCCACACACACACACAUACACACACCAUUUUCCGUGAUGAUCUUUUCUGUUUGAUACAGAACCCCUCUUUUUUAUUACAAAUUAACUGCUGAUGUUGCACAGUGUUUAAUAGCCUUGCGUAUCUUAUUCCUUGAACAACUGGCAUCGUCCUCGAUUCACAUUGAAGCUCUUUUUCAUGGUGGAUUAUUUGAAAACUCAAAAGAGGACAUCUCAAUUCCCAGCAAAGUCUGCAGACCUCUGUCUAGAAUAGGGCUCUAUUACUCCAAUGCUGAUAUUGCUGACAUUGGGUUCCCUACUCAAAGUCAAACAGUGGAUUUAUAUCCUGAGCUACAGUAGGUUAAUGUGCUAUUUGAUGUGUAAACGGGGCCAUCAGCUGUUUCACUGCUUAGGUAGAUGACCUGAAAUCCCAUCGUAAUUCAAGGAAAUUAAGAAUGAAAGACUGUCUCCCAGAGAGAUUUUCUAUUUGCAACCAGAUACUCAAAUAGACCGCUUAUAUUGUCAGAUUGUUGUUUUGGCCGCAAAACCCUAAGCAAUAAACUCCUUUCUGUCAUCAACCUGAUGGAGGCAAGCUUUGGGCGACAUUGUGAACAAUAUCAUUAAACUCCCUCUUAAUUGAGCUGAUAGAAAGGAGCCUUGUGAGGCAGUAGUCUCAUAGGAUGGGGUUCUAACUAUACUAGCUAAGAAUGUGUAUCUCUGAUGUUCAUUAUUUAGGAUAUUUUAUCAACAGCCUUGGUGAGAAAUGGUAAAUAGCAAGCAACCUCCAAAAAUACACUUUGGGUCUUGGAGUGCUUUUUUGUAUUGACAUACAGUGGGGAAAAAAAGUAUUUAGUCAGCCGCCAAUUGUGCAAGUUCUCCCACUUAAAAAGAUGAGAGAGGCCUGUAAUUUUCAUCAUAGGUACACGUCAACUAUGACAGACAAAUUGAGUUUUUUUUUCUCCAGAAAAUCACAUUGUAGGAUUUUUAAUGAAUUUAUUUGCAAAUUAUGGUGGAAAAUAAGUAUACUUUUUUCCCCCACUGUACAUACUGUACAUAUAAACCUUUACACAGCUUCCUUUUAGAAGCAACCCCUUUCACCAAUUACUUUUGUAACUAAAUUGGAGUACUGAUGUUUUUCUGUUAUUUCCUUCACAGAAAAGCGGUAAAAGCGACAUUAGUGCUACUGCCUCUUCUGGGGAUCACCUACAUGCUAUUUUUUGUGAAUCCCGGGGAGGACGACAUCUCGCAAAUAGUUUUUAUUUAUUUCAAUUCAUUUCUACAGUCAUUUCAGGUAAGAUCUUUACCAAGUUGCUCCCAUCUUCCCAAGAACACAAAAACCUUGAACCUUUUAAAUCUGUAUCAUAUUCUUUAUCUUUAAUAUACUGUUCAUUUGAGUUUUUAUAGGUUUUAUAGCCUGUGGAAGAAGGGCCCUUUGUACUAUUGUAAGGCUUUGUAAACCUGCCCCUCGUUGCUUUACUAUCAAGUGUUCUGAGCUGUCAGGAGAAUGUAUCUGGAGACGUAUGUGGGCGUGAGUUUGUCCACAGUGAGUAUUCUCAGUGUAAACCUUUGCUCCACAAUGCAAGGCGUGGGGAGAAGGUACUGUAUUAAUGGUGCUCAGUGAAAGUGUGUAGAGAAUAGAGGUCAGUUUUAUAACAGUUUUAGACUAUUCUUAUAAAAAUAGUUUACAAAAGACUGUUCCAUCAUUAAUCAGUACUCCUAUUAUUGCUAUGUUGAAAUGUGAAAUGCAGACUGCCCUGAAUGUGAAAUGCAGUGUAGACUUUUUCUUUGUUUGUGAAUCUUUGACUCAAUUGCUUUUUUGUCAUUUCUAUACACUUUUUAAAAGUUACUAAUUGGGGCAGAAAAUAUGUUGUAAACACCAGUGGAGGCUCCUCCGAGGAGAAAGGGGAGGACCAUCCUCCUCAGUGAAUUUCAUAAAAAUAAAAAUGGUAAAACAUUUUAAAAGUUUUAUGUUUUAGAUAAAACUAUGCUAAAUAUAAUCACGUCACCAAAUAAUUGAUUAAAACACACUGUUUUACAAUGGUCUACAGUAGCCUCAACAGCACUCUGUAGGGUAGCACCAUGGUGUAGCCGGAGGACAGCUAGCUUCCGUCCUCCUUUGGGUACAUUGACUUCAAUACAAAACCUAGGAGGCUCAUGGUUCUCACCCCCUUCCAUAGACUUACACAGUAAUUAUGACAACUUCCAGAGGACGUCCUCAGAGCUCUUGCAGCAUGAACUGACAUGUUGUCCACCCAAUCAAAGGAUCAGAAAAUGAAUCUAGUACUGAAAGCAUAUGCUACAGCUAGCCAGCACUGCAGUGCAUAAAAUGUGGUGAGUAGUUGGCUCAAAGAGAGAGAAAGACAAUAGUUGAACAGUUUUGAACAAACUAAUUUCAUCCAAAAAAAAAUUCACUUUAAGUUUACUUACUUAGCUAGCAAAUGCAGGUAGGUAGUUUAGCCUAAUCAAACACCCUGCUCAAACAGAGGGAUGCUAUAUUAUAGCUGGCUAUGACUAUCCAACACAACACUGAAACUCUUCCAAGUCAAGGUAAGCUUUUGGUUAUACUAAUUUAUUGCCACUGGGGCCCACCGGUGUAAGUGCUAAACUGCUUACUGACUGUCCACUGUAACGUUACUGUAUGAUUGUAGUGGGUUUACUAACGCGUUAGUUCUAUGUGCUAUGUUGACUAUGACUCUAGCUAAUAUGUUGACAAUGAUGUAGGCUGUGUGUAGCGGUUAUGAUAUGGUUUUGCUUGGAACGUUUUUUUUUGCCUGAUUUGUUGUGCGUUGAAGUCCACAAGCAAAGGGAAAGGGUGAGAGGAGGAGAGUGCAUAGAGGUGAGAAGGAAUACAAUGUGGCUGCUAUGAAAGUCUGCUGUGUUUACGCGUGAUCAGGGGUGUAUUCAUUCUGCUGAUUCUGUUGAAAAACAAAACAGGGAUAAACAUACCUGAAUUUGUCCAAUAGAAACUCUCAUUUGCAACUGUUGGACUAAUGACUACACCCUACAGUAUAUCAGCUAGAUGCAGGCAAUAGUAUGCAAGGCAGUAUUGAAUGUGUCACUGUCUGUCACCUCUACGUUGUAAACUUUCAUUCAUAGGCUAGGUUGUAGCAACCUCAUGAUGGGUAUAAGUACAAUGGUUAUACUAGUUUCAUGUAGUAGCCUAAACCUAUCACUGUUACAUUGAACUGGGUGAAUGGAAUAUGAAUGACAGUCAUCCAAUAUGCUUUCAUAGAAAUAAGGCCAUGCUCAUGAAAAACAAAAAUAGUCCUUCCUCAUCUUAAACGGUACUGACCGCCACAACAAAUGCCUAUUGCUAGCACACCUUGAGUGGCAGUCUGAUUAUUUGGACUCACUAUAAAAUAUCUGACCAAUAGGUGAUGUUUUCCAAUAUUGUACAUCCCUAUUUGAGUGACUUGACCCCUAUUUGAGUGAAUUGAUUAUUGUACAUCGUCAUUUGAGGGAAUUCAUAAAGAUCAAUAAAAACAGAUUCUACAUAUGAAGGUCCAUUUUGUACAUUCAACAUUGUCCCGUCUUGUUUUCCAGGGGUUCUUUGUGUCAGUAUUCUACUGCUUUCUUAAUGGCGAGGUGAGUCAACAAUGAUCUUUUCAAGGGUGGGCUUCGCUGUGUGGCAGACCAUUAUGAGAGGCAGUGGACAUAAAGUCCUGAGACCCUACUUUUAACUCUCUCACGGAAGGCCAUCAUUAUCCUGCAGGCUAUUUUUUGCUUUACUGAAGAUGCUCUUUCUAGGCCUAUUUCCCCCAUCUUUCCCCUUUACUUUAGGCAUCAUUCUUGAAAUUCAUUAAGUGCCAUAAAAAGGGUCAUGAGUCAUUCAGUAAUGGUGGAAAAUGUAGCUCCCUCCUGCUGCUGCUGUUCUCAACUGCAUCUGUGAAGCUUUCAUUGGUAUAGACACAUGAAAAAAAGACUGAUUGAAGUCUACUGUGGAUACUUUGGAAGCUAUUCACUGUAUCUGAAAUGUGUGGUUCUGUACUGUUUUGUAAAGAUUGUUUGUUGAUACUUAAUCAUAUGUCAAUUUAAGUUCAAGAGAUUUCCUGUGCCCUAGAUAUUGUGUCUCCUACCAGAUAGACUGACUGCCCACUACUAAUACAGUAUUUCAUUGUCGUCUUUCAGGUGCGCUCAGCAGCCAGGAAAAGAUGGCAUCGUUGGCAGGACAACCAUGCCCUGAGAGUGCGCGUGGCACGUGCCAUGUCCCUCCCCACCUCACCCACCAGGAUCAGCUUCCAUAGUAUAAAACAGACCACAGCCGUU